AUGGCUCGUUCCUCGUGGGCGCGCUCACGGACUUGCACUGUGCAAGACACACGCGAUGCACUGCAGGCACUUCUUGUCGUCCUGACUCCUACUUGUUCUCUAUGGUCUCCCAUUUAUUUGAAUACCACUCGGCUUGCAGCUUCACGGCAUCGCACUAUACUACUCCCCCUGCAAACUCUCAUAAGCGAUGUCAUUUCUGGUACGGUUGAGCUUCGGGAUCCUAGUCUAGACCUUCCAAAAUUAUUUGCUGGUUUGCUUCGAGUGGAUGAUUGGGCUAUUGACAUCUAUGUGGAAUGGUCGUGGUGGGCAAACAUCAUCAUAGGAUACGCCUUUCCAUCUCAGGUAAUUGCAUUCGCGCUGGAUGAAAUGACUAUAACCGAUGGUGAUUCGCUUUACCUGCAUCAGCUUGAGGGUCUUCGACUAAAUGUAUGGCAGACGUUUGGACGCUCCACCCUGAAAACUUCCUCUAGCUCCCAAGAACAUAGCUCCGUCUUGCAUCGGUCAUUUGUUCCUCAAUCAUGCGCUCGGAAUAGCCGCCGAACUUCUUUCAGCGUGCAGCCCUCGGGUAUAGUCCCUCAGAGUCAUGUACAAGAUAUUGCUCGCAGUCUCCAGACCUCCCUUAUCCCUGGCACCAGUCUGGCGCUCGAGUUCGUGACUUCAGGCCCUUCCGUUUCUCUGACGAGCAGAGCAUUUAUUGUUGCGGCUCUCCCAUUCUUCCCGCGCCGUCAUGCACGGCACAACACCCACUUGGUCGAUAGUUCUACUGAUGUGGUCCAUGCCCCAAUGCCGCUUUCUCCCUCGCUUCCACAUGUCUUACAGUUUCUCACAAGCGGCCCUGCUCCAUUCACAAUUUGCUCUGUGGAUAAUGUCUCCGAGAAUCGGGUUGCAUCCCUCUCCCGCUAUGUGCAAGAUCUAGAAACAAAUGCGGGUGUACGUAACAUUUGCGUACAGCAAUGGGGCAUGGAUGGUUGGCGGGAGGAGAGGUUUUUUGCACAUUGGGAGGCGGCAGCGUUAACGGCAGGAUUACUCGAACGGUGGACGGUUACCGUUCGGAAAUAA